AUACUGAUAAAGCUUCCUGACUUAAAAGUUGAAGUUCAAUAAACCUAGACUUUUCAAUCGAAGAUUCAGUGAAGUAACUGAAACGUCAGCAACCAAAUGCAUGAUUUACCAGUUUCUAUGACAAUACAAGUACAAAAUGACUUAAAAGACCACCGUACUUGUUGCAGAUAAAUCAGCAAAAAUAUGUGAUUAUGUUAUCAUGAUUCACCUCAUUCGCAUGCCAUGUUCACAAGCAAAAUGUACUUCGCAAAGCAAAACCAAUGCAACACCACAAUUUACUACAUCCAUUAGGAAUAAUAACGAUAUCACACAUGCACAACAUUACCACACAACUUGCAAAUCGCUCAACUACUCCUUAAUUCUUCUGCUUUAUUUGACAUUGACAAAGAACAGCCAACCAAAAACUUGUAUGUAUCUAUAUGUUUUUCUCUGCCUAUGUCUGUGUCAGACCAUUCUAGCACCACCUGCAUUCGCAAUCAUGGAAGAGUCAUUAUUGAAAAGAUCUCCGUAUCCGUAUGCUGGUCUUGGCUAUCCACAUCUCUACAGCAUUUCCUUUUUCUCCAGCAUAACAGACAUAUAAAUUCAUCUGUCCAUAUGACUAAGAAAGCAAUCUAGGGACAGACCCUUAGGUGAAAGAGCAAAAUGAGGUUCCUAGGUUGGAUGCACGAUAAACUUCGGCAAACGAAAGCUGAGCAGUUCAAGGAUUUCACUAUAGGAAACUGUUGUACUUGCCUUUCAGCACCAUCAUCUCUCGAUGACCAGUUCUCCCCUGUAAGACCAAGUUCUGAAUCCAGAAUCAGGUACAACUCUUUCAGUGAGCAUACCCAGAGAUUCGAAGACUCUUUCUGUAGGACUGAAGUUACAGGUAUUUGUGUCACCUAUGAAGGUGACACUGCUUUUCUCAGCUCUGACCUUUUCAACGGCUUUUUAGCCAUCGGGACACUGGGUUCAGAACAAAUCACCAGCAGCCCUGCAACACCGACAUUCCCCACAUCUUUGGAGGACGAUAACCUUGCAGAAGAAAAUAUAGACGUGACAGAGAAUGACCUGAAUCUCAUAAGAGAUGAGCUAGAAAAAUUUAUAGAGGCUGAGGCUGAAGAUCUACAGGGCAACGAUGAUGCAUUGGCUAGAAGUAGUUAUGUUAGCACUAUCACACUCAGUGGUAUGCAAAUAGAUGAAGCUGGAGGCCAUGAAAAGCCAAUAGUAAGUCCACUGCAAGGUUAUCUGUUGGGGUCAUCAAUUGAAUUGCCAGAAACUAGAGCAGAGAAAAAGAAGGAAAAGUUAUCCCUUGGAGAGAUCUUCCGCAGGACAAAGCUUACUGAUGAUGUCACUCCAAUGGAGGUGCCUCCCAAGCAAGACAGAAAAUCUGUCAAACUCCUGCUCAAAAAGAUACUGAAGAAGCUUCAUGCUCCUCCAGGAAAGAAAACUUCUCGGGAUGAUGCUGAUAAAUCUAUCCCCAGCAAGAAAAAACCUAAAAAGGUGCUUCAAAUGUUCUGUCGAAAAGUGCACCCUGAGGAUUCUAAGGGUGCAAAACAGUCAACCACAUCCUGGGUGGAGCGACUAAAGGCUAGGCAUGACACUACUCCGAAGUACAGUUCAAUUGAAGGGACCACCAAUUAUGAGAACAGCUUGAAAGAUCCCCAGUUUGGUCCCUGUAGCAGCCAGUCUAGCGGAAAUACAGAGCACUGGAUUAGAACUGAUGCUGACUACUUGGUACUGGAGCUGGAGUAAAGGAACUAAGACCAUCAAGAUGCAUCAGAUUGGGUUGUAUACUUGUAUUAUCUGUGUGUUAUUAAGUAUUUGUUAGUGAUUGAGCUGUGAUGUACUGUACUAAAGUGAAUGGGAAAACUGGAGAACAAGGACGUCCUUUCUCUUUAUAUUGUAAAAUAAAAAUGUUAAGCUCGAAUUUUAUAUGAAAAACAAUUUUCAGGUGUGAUUCAGAACAAUACUUUGCUAACUGCAAGUUCCAUUCGAAAAUUUUGAUCCUCAUUUUUUCCUAACAGAUAAGUACCCCACCUAAAAAAAUAAAACUCAGAUUCCACACACAUUCCUAAUUUAAACAAUUGGUACAACACAGCCCUGGCAAAGGAUUUACAUUUCCUGUGCUAAUGUGAGGAAACCAUGGGUACUACUAACAAACUCCCUUUUAAAUGCUAAUCAAGAAAAUUGCGGGAA